GGAGGAUUUCCCCCCUCCCCUGUCCCGGGCACUCGGGCGGCGCCCGCCUUGCUGUGACCCGGGAGGCGCCGCGCAGGCACAGACCCAGCCAUUAUUUGGGCACAGGGCCAUGUGUACUUCAGCAGAAGGGGUAGCCAGCUGCAGGAUUGGGACACUUAGGAGGCAAAGCACCUGGGUUAUUUCACUGGUCACAGCUGGAGUUGGAGUUAGCUCUUGCACCUUUUACUGUGGGUGGCUGGAAGCAGGAAGAGGAUAGGAUUAAACAGAGAUGGCAUUUGUGAAGAGUGGAUGGCUCCUGCGGCAGAGUACUAUUUUACGGCGUUGGAAGAAGAACUGGUUUGACCUGUGGUCAGAUGGUCAUUUAAUAUUCUAUGAUGAUCACAAUCGGCAUGACAUAGAGGAUAAAAUCCACAUGCGAGUUCACUGCAUCAACAUCAGAGUGGGAAAUGAAUGCCGAGAUUUCCAGCCUCCAGAGGGGAAGCCAAGAGACUGCUUACUGCAGAUUGUUUGCCGUGAUGGGAAAACAGUUAACCUCUGUGCAGAAAGUGGAGAUGACUGCUUGGCAUGGAAAAUUGCUCUCCAGGAUGCCAGAACAAACGCAGGUUACAUUGGUUCUGAAGUGAUGUAUGAUGAGACUGCCAUUUCCUCAGCUCCUCCUCCUCCAUACACAGCAUAUGCUACGCCAUCACCUGAGGUUUAUGGUUAUGAGCAAUACAAUGGCACAUAUCCUCCUCCUGGUCCUCAAGUCUACUAUGCCUCUAAUGGACAAGCGUAUGCUGUUCCUUAUCAGUAUACAUACCCAGGACCUUAUGGCCAGCCCCCUGCAAACCAUGUCAUCAUUAGAGAACGCUACCGUGACAAUGAUGGAGACCUCGCUCUGGGCAUGCUUGCUGGAGCAGCAACUGGAAUGGCCCUGGGGUCAUUGUUCUGGGUCUUCUAGAUUUCUCGGGAUCCUCCUCUUUGUAGCUCCAAAAACCUGUAUUUAUUCUUUGUGUGCAAUAAUAUAUUUUGCAAAGUACUCUUGUUUACUGUAAAGGUUUUUAAUGAGAAAUGCAGUAGUUCUGUCUUUAGUAGUAACAUCUUAAUUGUACUUAACUGAUUCUUAAACUGUCCUGAGGCAAGAGUUAAAAGGCAUAAUUUAGUUGACAUAUGGCUAAAUAUGGCACUUGCUGAUUUUAAGAGAACCUGUCUCUGAGGCUUUGUAUGUUCUGUACACUGAGAAGUGAUCGGCACUACUAUCAAUCCAAUGUGAUAAGUGCUGCCAUUUGUCACCACUCAUGGAACAGACUGUUAAUGUAAAGACUCAAGAAGAAGCAGUUAUUUUUAAGCUGUGAACAAUCCAGUUAGUCCAGCUGCUAAUGCCAACUCCACAGUGUGCUAGCAGCAAACUCUAAUGAAAUAGAGUAGGUGGGGAGUGUGCACCACUGGCUUCAUUAAACAUUUCUAAGACAGAUAUGCAGUUCAAUAAAAUCCUUUUGGGAUUAGAUUGAUUUUUCUACUUGUUGGGUAUUUUCCUUUCCAGGAAUGUUACUGUAUUCUCAAAUGGUGAGGACUGUUGCAGUAUGUGCUCAAGGUCUAAACCUACUUUACAGUCUACCUUUUAGCCUCUUCCCCAGGCACUUGGGACUGGGAUAUUAGAACUAAGAGAAUUGUAUGAAGGUGAGAUAGGCAGGGGUUGAAAUCAGCCUGUGCUAUUGUAGUGAGAUUCUGGCUUCAUGAGUUCUGGGACCAGGAUAAGCAGAAGAUAUUAAUUCCCCAUACUCAGUCCCAAACAUUGAUGGGGAAAGAGCUGUUGUGUGGAAGGUCCCAUAUCUGUGUUCAGUGCUUCUGUCACUAUUCUGUUAGUUGGAAGAAAUGUCAAACCUGCAUGUGUGUAAUGGGGUUAGGAGGAGUUUGCUUGGGAGGAGGCAAAAAGACUGAGAGGGAAACAAGAAAGGCAGCCUUGCCUGCAGGCUGCAACAUGACUCUUUUGAUGGUAUAGGCUAGCAUGAUGUAGCUGAGAUGCAGGCCUACUUUUCCUCAUCCAUUUCUCCACUGACCUCUGAGGGUUCCUGCCUGUGUGCAUGAACAGUCCUGGUGUGUCUGAGUUUUAUUGUACAUGUACACCUUUCCCUUACCUCCCACAGUGAGUGUUAUCUCACCUUUACCACAGUUCCCCUGCCUCUUUCACACCUCCCAUUACAGAAACACUUGUUUGUGCUCUUCCCUCCCUUGACUAGUUAGUCAUGCACAGAUUCUUACUGACUGUGUUGCAAUGGUCUAAGUGCAAACACUGAAACAGGACAUAAACUCACACCUGACCAGAGUCCUGCUUUAUAAUAUAAAGUGAGUUUGACUGGACUGGGUGGAAAAAGGCUAAGGAAGAGAACUGUACGUGCUCUCUUACUGGAUGGAACAUGAGGGUGCCUAAGCUUUAUUCUUUAUAGAAAGAUGAGUUAUUUUUAUACUUCCACUUCGAGCUUCCUGUAAUGAUUCUAUUUGAAUAUUUCAAGGCUUUUCCUCUUUAAUCUUCCAAAUGGAAGUAGAUUAAAAUCUUCAAGGUUGGAAGCCAGAGUAUGUCAGAAAAAUGAAAAUAGAUAGAAUCUGGUGGUCAUAUAUGUAGAUAUGUGUUUUUUUUUUUCAGUUAACUUCAAUGGGCCUUAUAUCAGAGCUUUUUUUUUAUCCCCCACCCCGGAUGAAUACAGUGGUUCCUAGUGAAAUCAAUGGGAGUUGCAUGCAUUCAUCCUAGACUGUGUGUUACAAGAUAUUGUCAUACCAAAACAGUACACAUUUGCUGGCCUUUCCAGACUGGAAUAAUUCUGUUUAAAGGAAUGCAUUUCCCAAAAGGCAAAAUGGCCCAUGCACCAAUCCAACUUAUUGAAGUGCAGUUGAAAGAGCCCAAUCCUUGAAGUUUGUGGAGGAUGAGGAUAAAGAGCAGUUCCCAAGAUCAGGACCCUAAAUUAACACUUGUUAAUCUUUUCAACCUUAAGGUUUCUAUAAAAGUGAUUGUAUUAUGAAUAGCAAUAAUAAACUGUAUUCUGAGUCAUGCAGUCUGAUUAGCUGUGUGGCAUCCCCAUGUGUAACCUCCUAUGCUGUUCUAAGUAACUUACAUAAAACAACAACUAAACAUAA